AUGACCGAGCUGCAGAGUGAGCGGAAAAAUGCAAAUUGGGUUCGAUUGUUGGGGCCGUUUUUCGAAAGUUGGGCUGUUUUCAAGGCUCCCCAGGCGAAAUCCCGACACAUCAUCGCCUACUGGACUCGCGACCAGCUGAAAGCUUUAGGUUUUUACACGAACUCGGAGGCACGUCGUCAGUCCAGAGUUGUGGCCUGGCAAUAUUUCGUUUUGAUUCAACUAGUCAUUUCCAUGGCAUCUCUGUUUUAUGGUGCCCGUGAACACAUCGGUGAUACUGUCAAUCUGGGUCGAGAUCUGGUCUUCAUCAUAACGACCAUAUUUAUUUGCUUCAGACUGGUGUUCUUUGCUCAAUAUGCUGAUGAGAUCGAUGUCAUAAUCGAUGACCUCGAGGACAUCUAUCAUUGGAGUAUAAAAGGGCCUGGAUGGAAGGAAGUGCAGGAAACCAAGCGUUUGCGUUUCCUAUUGUUUAUGGCCUUGGUCAUUUCUUGGUUUACCUGUCUAAUACUGUUUAUGCUGAUCAAACUAUCCACACCUUUUUGGAUUGAAUCGCAGAUAUUGCCCUUUCACGUCGCCUGGCCCUUUCAACUUCACGAUCCAGCGAAGCACCCGAUUGCCCAUGUCAUCAUCUAUGUAUCACAAAGCACCACCAUGUUGUACUUCCUGAUUUGGCUUGGUGUUGUGGAGAACAUGGGUGUGUCCAUAUUUUUCGAGCUAACUUCUGCUUUAAGGGUUUUGUGCAUCGAACUACAAAAUCUGCAGGAACUUUGCCAGGGCGAUGAAGAGAUGCUUUUCAGGGAGCUUUGUCGAAUGACCAAUUUCCAUCAGCAAAUCAUCCUACUUACAGAUCGCUGCAACCACAUUUUCAACGGCGCUUUUAUCAUGCAAAUGUUGAUUAACUUUCUGCUCGUCUCAUUGUCACUUUUUGAGGUACUGGCAGCCAAAAGGGAUCCUCAAGUGGCAGCCGAGUAUAUGGUUAUCCUGCUAAUGACUCUGGGACACCUCUCGUACUGGUCGAAAUUCGGGGAUAUGUUUUCGGAGGAAUCGAAGCAAGUGGCUUUGGCUGUGUACGAAGCCUAUGACCCGAAUGUUGGUUCCAGGACCAUCCACCGGCAAUUUUGUUUCUUUAUUCAGAGAGCUCAAAAGCCACUAAUCAUGAGGGCAACUCCAUUUCCCCCUUUCAAUCUAGAGAACUACAUGUUUAUUCUAAAGCAGUGCUAUUCAAUUCUAACUAUACUAGCAAACACGUUGGAGUAG